AUGGACGCAAAUCAACAACAAUUCUUGGACCAUGUGGCCGGUAAUCCAGCAGCUCUCCAACAACAAGAAAAACAGUUACUUGUGGAAUGUUUAGACUCUGUUUUUGCCAAAUUAAGGCUUUCUUCUUAUUAUACCAAAUUACCAACAUUCUCUGGAGAACAUGGAGGUAAAGGCCUUAUGCGCUUUCUUCAACAAUUUAACGAGAUUGCAACAAUCAUGGGCUUGACAAAACAUAAGAUGGUGCGACUAAUACCCGCUCACUUGACAGGUGUUGCAAAAGCUGUUUAUGAUAACUUUACUCCGCAAGUAAAGGAAAAUUGGAAUGCCAUAGUCAUCAAAUUGUAA